AUGUAUUUAUUCCAAGGGUGGUCAGGACAUCACUGUGAUAAUGGACUUGAGGAGUGCAUUUCCAAAUUAUGUAUGCAUGGAAUACGCAUAGAAAAUGAACCUGACUUUGGCUCAGAAUGUUUAUGCAUAUCUGGAUUUGUGGCCUGCUCCACUGGGCUUUUUUGUGGUGCUGAAAUAAACAGAAUUACCUGUUUACCUCUUGUCUCUCAAAGAACGGAUGUCAUUUCUACACAAACAUAUACAGUAUCUGCUUCUGACACUUCAAUCAGUAGCUUUCCAUCAGCAAGGGCUACAAGACUGUGGACCAUCAUGAAUACUAACCCAGAUGAUCCAGGUUGGACAUAUUAUACAGAUUAUCUGACCUUAACAUCUGAUUUAAAAGAAGAGCUUACAACUUCUUCAGAGUGGCCCAAAUGGGAACUUCAGCCUAGUGUGCGUGAUUGGGAAUCUUCUGCUGCAAGCCAGAGGCUUUCCAUCACUAGAUCGCUUACUUUGUCUUCACUGGAGUUCAUUCCAACACCUCUUCAGCUGACGAUUUCUGACUCCACAGAUUUCAGAUGUAUUUGUUAUUAUGGAGAUUCCUAUCUAGAAUUUCGGAAUGUGUUGUUAAGUCCACAAAGUAACGUAUCACUAGAAUUUCAUACCUUCAACUCCUAUGGACUCCUGCUCUAUAUCAAGCAAGACUCAAAUUCAGUUGAUGAGUUUUUUAUUCAAUUAUUUAUUGAAAAUGGUACUUUAAAGUACCACUUUUUCUGUGCUGGUGAAGCAAAAUUGAGAAGCAUUAACACUACUGUUAAAGUGGAUGAUGGACAAAAGUAUACACUGUUUAUCAGGCAAGAAUUUGAUCCAUGUAGAGCUGAACUGACUAUUUUAGGAAGGACUAUGAAAACAAGUGAAUCUAUCAAUCACAUAUCUGGAAAACUCUUGCCAGAAUCAGGAUCUGUCUUUAUUGGUGGUUUUCCAUAUCUUCGUGGAACAAACCAGAUUUCUGGGCCAUUGGAGAAUUUUACUGGCUGCAUAGAAGUUAUGGAAAUCAAUAACUGGGAAUCUUUCAUCCCAUCCAAGGCAGUGAAAAAAAUUCACGUUGAAAAUUGCAGAUCCCAGGAAUCCACUCUGUCUACAGUGUCUUCUGUUGCUCCUUCUAGUGCAACAGAAGGGGUUGACUCCACGUGGACCUCCCUCGGCACCCCUCCUGUAGCGCCACCCGUGUGCCAGGAGGACCUGUGUUACAAUGGAGGCACUUGUCAUCCUGUCUCCCUCUCCAGCGGUACCUUCUCAUUCCACUGUGACUGUCCGCUACAUUUUACUGGCCGUUUCUGUGAACAAGGUGCAGGUUUACUUUUUCCAUCUUUCAGUGGGAAUUCCUAUCUAGAAUUACCUUUUUUUAUAACCCUGGAUGAGUUCACAUGUGUUCCAGGGAAGGAACAUAACAGAACUGUUACCAUCUACUUGACUAUAAAAACAAACACUUUGAAUGGAACUAUUCUCUACAGUAGUGAGAAAAAUACCGGACAACAGUUUCUUCAUUUAUUUCUCAUGGAUGGAAGGCCCACAGUUAAAUAUGGAUGCGGGAGUUCUCACAAUAUCUUGACUCUUUCUGCUAAUUAUAGCAUUAACACAAAUGCGUUCAUCCCUAUCACAAUACGCUACACAAUCCCUGUGGGCAGCUCUCAGAGUGUGUGUAUGAUUGAAGUGACUGCAGAUGGAAAACCUCCAAUACUGAAGAAAGACACAGAGAUAUCCCAUAUGUCUCAGGUGCAUUUUGAAUCAAUGUACCUUGGCCAUAUCCCAGAAGAUGUUAAGAUGCAUAAGAAUGCAGGUCACAUUUAUGGGUUCAAUGGCUGCAUUCAAGAGCUUCAAGUAAACAACAAAGAAUUCUUCAUCAUUGAUGAAGCACUACGUGGAAAGAACAUUGAGAACUGCCAUGUCCCAUGGUGUGCUCGUCAUCUAUGCCACAACAAUGGCACCUGCAUCAGUGACAGUGAAAACUGGUUUUGUGAGUGUCCAAGGCUGUACUCAGGCAGGAUGUGCCAGUUUGCAACCUGUGAAAACAGUCCAUGUGGAAACGGUGCCACCUGUGUUCCUAAAUCCAGGACAGAUUCCCUUUGCCUCUGCCCUUAUGGGAGGUCUGGGCUCCUCUGCACGGAAGCUGUUAAUAUUACUCAGCCCAGGUUCAGUGGCACAGAUGCCUUUGGAUACACUUCAUUCCUGGCUUAUUCACGGAUCCCAGACAUCGGCUUCGAUUAUGAAUUCCACUUGAAGUUUCAGCUGGCAAAUAAUCACUCAGCACUGCAAAAUAACUUAAUAUUUUUCACUGGACAGAAGGGCCAUGGGUUGGACAGCGAUGACUUCCUGGCCGUGGGUCUGCGUGAGGGCAGUGUGGUUUACACCUACAACCUGGGAGCGGGCACAGCAAGUAUCAGCAGUGAUCCCCUCGAUCUGAGCUUUGGCAUCCACACAGUCCGUCUGGGGAGGUUCUUCCAGAUGGGCUGGCUGAAGGUAGAUGAUCAUAAAAAUAAGUCCAUCAUCUCCCCAGGAAGACUGGUUGGUCUCAAUGUCGUCAGUCAGUUUUAUGUAGGUGGCUACAGUGAAUACACACCAGAUCUCUUACCCCAUGGAGCCGAUUUUAAAAAUGGCUUUCAAGGUUGCAUUUUUACUAUUCAAGUUCGCACUGAGAAGAAUGGCCACUUCAGAAGCCUGGGAAAUCCUGAGGGCCACCCAGAUGCUGGGCGCAGCAUUAGCCAGUGUGACGUUUCUCCUUGCAGUUUAAUGAAAUGCAGCAAUGGUGGGACAUGUGUGGAGAGUGCAUCCACUGUCCACUGUGACUGCCUCCCUGGGUGGAAAGGAGAACUCUGCACGGAGACAGUUUCCACCUGUGACCCUGAACAUGACCCUCCACACCACUGUAGCAAAGGAGCAACUUGUGUUUCAUUGCCUCAUGGGUAUACCUGUUCCUGUCCUCUGGGAACCACUGGAAUCCACUGUGAACAAGCUUUAUCUAUAAGUGAUCCAUCUUUCAGAAGCCAUGAAUUAUCCUGGAUGUCUUUUGCUUCCUUCCGUAUUCAGAAAAAGACACAUAUUCAGUUGCAGUUUCAGCCUCUUUCUGCAGAUGGCAUCUUAUUUUAUGUUGCACAGCACUUAAAAGCACAAUCAGGUGAUUUUUUAUGUAUCUCCUUAGUAAAUGGUUCUGUUCAACUUCGCUACAACCUUGGUGACAGAACUAUCAUUCUAGAAACUCUCCAAAAAGUGACUAUUAAUGGAAGUAUUUGGCAUGUGAUUAAAGCAGGAAGAGUUGGUGCGGAAGGCUACCUGGAUCUGGAUGGGAUAAAUGUAACAGAAAAAGCCAAUGCAAAAAUGAGCUCCCUGGACACAAAUACUGACUUCUAUGUUGGAGGAAUGCCAUCUUUAAAUCUUGUAAAUCCUAUGUCAAUAGCAAACGAACCUACAGGUUUUCAGGGCUGUGUCCGAGAAGUUAUUAUAAAUAAUCAAGAGUUAAAAUUAACUGAAUUAGGAGCAAAAAGCGGAGCAAAUGUAGGUGACUGUGAUGGGACCCCCUGUGGGUACAAGGUGUGCAGAAAUAGGGGUGAAUGUAUAGUAAAUGGCACAACUUUUUCUUGCAAAUGUUUGCCACAUUGGACUGGAAAUACAUGUAACCAGUCUGUGCACUGUUCAAAUAAUCUUUGUCUCCACCAAUCUCUAUGUAUACCCGACCAAUCAUAUUCUUACAAUUGUUUCUGUGCUUUGGGUUGGGUGGGAAAGUAUUGUGAAAACAAAACUUCAUUUUCAACUGCAAAAUUUAUGGGUAAUUCUUAUAUUAAAUACAUUGAUCCAGAUUACAGAAUGAGAAACCUUCAGUUCACUACUAUAUCCUUAAAUUUCAGUACUACUGAAACAGAAGGCUUAAUUGUAUGGAUAGGAAAAGCUCAAAAGGAAGAAAAUGAUUUUCUGGCAAUUGGUCUCCAUAAUCAGUCCUUGAAAAUAGCAGUUAACUUAGGAAAAAGCGUAUCUGUGCCUAUGAUCUAUAGCAAUGGCACAUUCUUUUGUAAUAAAUGGCACCAUGUAAGUGUAAUUCAAAAUCAGACUGUUAUUAAGGCCUACCUAGAUAACAACCUGAUUCUCUCGGAGGAUAUUGAUCCACACAAAAAAUUUGUUGAUUUAAACUAUGAUGGCAUUAGUUAUCUAGGGGGCUUUGAAUAUGGCCGAAAGGUAAAUACUGUUACUCAAGAGAUUUUUAAAAGAGAUUUUGUUGGCAAAAUUAAAGAUGUAUUUUUUCAGGACUCAAAAAAAAUUGAAUUAAUUAAAUUAGAAGGAUAUAAUGUUUUUAAUGGAGAUGAACAAAAUUAAUGACAUAAAUACUGGUAAUUUCGAUAUACAAAAUAUAUAUGUAAAUGUAUUUUGAUAGCUAUUUGUGGCACAUUGUUUACUAGAAAUCAGCUAUUUACUAUUAACUGAAAUAGUCUAAAUGCUAACAUACCGUAUUUAUAAGCUUAUAAAAUAUAGCUAAAGAAAUGAUUUUGGUUGGUUUUCCUACAUCCAAUAUCUAUAAACAUGUUGAUUCGAAAGUUUUCACUCCAUUAGUUCAUGUAGUGUUUAUUCAUCUGUGAAUUAGUUUUAAAUGAUA